GUAACGUUUAUGGUCAUCUGUGGUGCACCGAGCUUCAGUAUCCAAAGUCAUCCAAAUUGCGACCAUGACGAAAGGUGCCGUCGCCUAAGCUCUCUACUGAUACACAACAAGAAGGACAGAGGCUCAUCACUUCUAAAGGUCUCACUCAUCAGGCAAAGAGGCAACAGCUCGACUGUGUGGUGGCAGUACUACUGGUAGUACUAGUGGUGGUGGAGAGAUCAGUGGUCAAGAGACAAGAGCAAGGAGUGCUCUACUCCACUCUAGCUAGCUAGCUACUAGUGCUAGCACUCCUCUCCUCAUCAGAUCAGAUCAGAUCAGAUCAGAAGCAUCUACUGAAGAGCAGAGGAGAAGUUCAGUAGCAUCAGAGAGGAGGAAGAGCUGAAGAGUUGGACCUUCAGUGUGACUGAGGCAAGACAAGACAAGACAAGUCCAUUGGCAUAAGCUAGACAGACCACUAGUUAGCAUCUAGCUACUGUAUAGCAAGGGCAAGGCACUGAGUUUGGCUUACGGUGGCUUAAGGCGGACAAAGACAAAAGCUCUCUGAGAUCAGUGAGUGAAAAAGAGGUCAGGUGUGAUCAGGUCAGGUCAAAAGAAGAGACUACUAGGUACUAUCUAGUGCAAGCUAGUAGAUCAGGUUGAUCAAGUGAAGACAGUGGUUUGAUCAGAUCAGGUCAGGUCAGAUUGAUCAGGUAAAAAAGACGACAAUUCAUUCUAUUUUUGAGUGUCAGCAAGGAAGACAAAGCCAAGAUGGCAGCAAGCAGUGUGAGUCAAAAUGACGCCGUGUCGAUGCUGACUGCGCAACCCGGAGGCGGCAUUCAGUACUACAGUUGGCACUUGAGUUUACGCGUGGAUCGUCCCGUGGAAGGCUGUGCCAUGAGGCCUCAUGCGUACAUGUACUCCAAGAAACUGGAUGAACGAGAUCUCGACAAGCCAUUGCCCAGCCAUUCCAAAAAAAUGAGAGAACCGCCACCGCAUCACGAAUUCGUCUAUCGAUGGUUUCGAGGACCUCCCGAAGAGCCCUGUGCGUACGAUGGAUGUCCUCGUCGCACGUCCUUUUCGCCUCAUGAUUGGUCGCUCCACGCACUCGGAAUGAGACACGGCGUCAUGCCCAAUACCGUCAAAACACCCGCUGCCUGUCGAUUGCAGUGUGUCUCCACACAGUCGUCACUAUACAUGUGCACCUUUUGCAACUCAAAAUGCUUUGUACAGGCAUGGAAGACACAAUACACCAUGCCCAGAAAUAAUAGUAAUGGAGGAAAUGGAACCUAUACAGCCAGUUCCUACAAUGCACAACAACACGCACAACAACAAGCCAACAGUCGAUCCACGACACCCACACCCUAUGGAGGAGGAGGAAAUCAUCACUUACGCAGUCCUUCUUUUGACGACACGGCAUCCGUCGGAAGUCAAGGAUCCACCGGACGCAUCCAAAUGGGAGCACGAUCCCCCAUUCCACCGGGGACCCCACGGGCCGGAUACAACAAUUACGGCGGCUACAACCCAUCGAGCAACAAUAAUGACGAAGAAGAAUGGAUGGAAGUUUCUCGCGAUCAAAUCUUUAUCCCCGGACCGGACGAUGUCGGACGCAAACUCAAAUUGGAAGCCGCCGCUUACUCCCACGAUUCCAUGGGCGAACGACUCAUGUAUCGCGUCGUCAAGACCGAUUUGGUGCUGGCGAGAGCACCCGAUCCGCCCACACGACAAUUGGUGGUACACAAACAAGGGCCCGCCGGUGCCGCCAUUAGCACCACGACGGCACAAACUACUGCGGCCAAUUUGCCACUCUCCUACGGUAAUCAUCCGGGAGCGCGAUUCCGGGUUGUCACCUACAAUGUACUCGCGGAAAUUUAUGCCACGCAGCAACAAUACCCCUACUGCGAUUUUUGGGCACUCUCUUGGGAUUAUCGGUUUCAAAACAUUCUUCGAGAAGUCAUGGACGCCGCCCCGGAAGUCGUAUGUCUCCAAGAAGUACAAGCCGAUCACUACGAAAGUCAUCUAUAUGCCGCAAUGAGUGAUGCAGGAUACGAAGGGGUCUACAAACAAAAGACAAGACAGAGUAUGGGACUCGCUGGAAAGGUCGAUGGAUGUGCGCUCUUUUGGAGGCGAGCGACAUUUCAUCUAGUUGAAUCAUACAGCAUUGAAUUCAACGAACUCGCACAAAGACAAGCCACACAGUUGGGACUCAACACCAACAAUCACGGACGUGGCAGUGACGAAGGAGUCGCUUUUCUGAAUCGAUUGUCCAAGGAUAAUGUCGCACAGCUCGUCGUACUCGAACUCGCACAACCGCCACCCUCGUCGUCCUCCUCCAAGGGCGCCAAUUCCAACACACAAAUCUGUAUUGCCAACACGCAUCUAUACUCCAACAAGGACUUUCCGGAUGUCAAACUUUGGCAAUGUUGGCAGUUGUUGCAAGAACUAGAGACUUUUGUCAUGAGUCGGGGUGGAUCGCCCAACAGUUUGCCUCUCAUUAUCUGCGGGGAUUUCAACUCUACGCCCGACACGGCCGUCUACGAGUUGUUGUCGCGACAAACGGUACAUCCCGGACACCCCGAUGUCAAUGUCAAUUACACGCAACAACAACAAAAUGGUGAAGACGUGCCCAACAUUUUGCCCGAUGCCCACAACAUUACGCACAGCUUUCAGUUGGGGAGCGCCUAUCAGACCGUGCUGGGCGAAGAACCCAAACAAACCAACUACACGGGGCAUUUCAAGGGCGUACUGGAUUAUGUCUGGUACAGCAUCCCGUCUCUGCGUCCGUUGUCGGCAGCGCCCAUUCCCGAUGAAGGAAUGCUGACGAGACAUGGAGAAGCCCUGCCCAGUACAGAGUUCAGCUCCGAUCACAUCAUGUUGAUUUCGGACUUUCAAAUAUUGCCCGGAAAUGGUGGAGGCAAUAGUGGCUUGGGGGUAAGACCGUAAGACUGCUAAUUUCAGUAGUAGAGGUCGACUUGCAGAUGUUGUUUGUUUGUUAUUUUAAAUAAAUAAAUGUGGUUGGUAUGGAUGGACUGCAUUGUUGGUUGGAAAAGGAUUUGGAAAGUGUUGGAAUGGAAGCAACGUUGGAGAGUGAAGGAACGGAAUCGAGAAAGGAAUGGUGGGAGGGAGCCAGCACAUCCUAGACAUGUGACGACUUGGUGGAACGGAGAGAUCCGGAGGUGAGAGUCAAGUAUUGUGGGGCGAGAUCGAUCUCGAAUGGGCAUCCCCAUUUUUGUGGUCUACAGUACGGUACGGUACGAGCAUCGUAUUUUUGAAGCUCUGCGAGCUGGCGGGUCGAGCAAUAAUAGAUAUGAUGUUUCAUACAGCAUUUCACGUUGCUGUGAUGCGCUGUGCUGUACCAGUAUGGCGUCGUUGGUCUUCGGUCUUCAGUACGGUGCCGGGGAGUUCAUCGAUUAAAUAGAUCCAUCAUACAUUCCAACCCCAAGGAUAGUGUUUUCGCUUUUUCACGCCAGAAAACGGGCACGGUGGCACCGGUACAGGCAGCCAGAAUUGGAUCUGGCCUCUCCUCCCCAAGAUCCUUGACGAGGGGCGUUCUCCCUCUAUCUUUAAAGCAAGGUGUGGAAACAGGAUUUUGCUUACUGUGACACGAGGGCAUUCUCCCUCGAUCUUUAAUACAGCAAGGGGAGGCAACAGGAUUUUGCUUACCACCUUGAAUGGUUGGUCUCAACUGGAUCUGGAUCUUGCGUUCUCCUCUCAAAAAGAGGCGACACGACGAGGGCGUUCUCCCUUGAGAGGAUUUUUGCGUCCGAACUUUGAUUGCAUGGUUGGUCUCAUAAAGUAUUGUUUUGAGCCCUCAAAGCUCCUUCUCAAGAAAAACUUCGUCAUCUACUUUAUCAUCAUCAUCAUGGGAUUCUUUUCCAACCCCAAGAAGCCCACCCGUGCAUUCGUCAAGAAUCCAAGCAAGGUCAUUGCGAACGAUGUAAAGAAGAUCAUCAAUGGCAGCCAUAGCCAUCCUGUUCCACUUCCCAAUGGCGGUGGGCAUGUGACGCCUGGUGUUACGAUUCAAGGCGGCAAGGUCACCGGUGGCUCGAUUGGCGGUCAGUUCAACCUCUAGCUAGACCGGAAAGUUCACGCGUCGGCACCGUUCAAUCAUUGUUUCGACACAUCAUUCAAUGAUCGUCAGAAAAAGAAAAAUGUACUGGUUGGAUGCAGAGACUAUGGUAGCAGUAAGAAUCCAAA